AUGGACGCUAAAACCCCAGUCACUUUAGCCAAAGUUAUUAAAGUCUUAGGUAGAACCGGUUCAAGAGGUGGUGUCACCCAAGUUAGAGUUGAAUUCUUGGAAGAUGCUUCAAGAACUAUUGUUAGAAACGUUAAAGGUCCAGUCAGAGAAAACGAUAUCUUGUGCUUGAUGGAAUCUGAAAGAGAAGCUAGAAGAUUACGUUAA